GUUCGCUGUAAUUUUUGGUACAAACGAAGCAACAGACCACUGUUAAAGUACAGGUUUACCGCGUCGUCUUCUUUUGCUUUAUUUCCGCUCUUUUUUUGUUACAUUGAAAUCUAAUUCGUGCACACGCAUGGUAGCCAGAAAUUCGUUUUAAAAUCCAUUUGCGAUCCCCCGCCAAAGCCGUCUGCCGCCCGCCGCAUCGGCAGUGAAAUCAAUUUCACCGAAAUUGCCGCAAAAGUGUGUAAAAAUAAUACAACCUCAGUGUGUUAACAGUUAUUCGCAUAAAAACGCCUGUCGCUUUUUUCGGCUGCUCUCCUGCGCGCACUAACGGUAAAAUCAACAAGCAGGCCAGCCCUCUUUGCUGUCCCGCUCACACCACCCAAUAAUCCAAUUGAGGUUUGCCGGGCAGAGAGCCAUGCUGCCACUCCUGCUACUGACCCCACUCCUGGCGGCACUGCUGACCAGCAGUGUGAGCGAGACGGCCGCCGACUACGAGAACACCUGGAAUUUCUACUACGAGCGUCCCUGCUGCGCCGGCAACGAUCAGCCGAACGGCCACGGGAAGCACAACAGAGAUCAUGUAAGGGAGUUCACAUGCGGCCGACUGUACUAUCGCACAUUUCACAUGAAUGAGGAUCGAGAUUCGCUUUAUGUGGGCGCCAUGGAUCGCGUAUUCCGUUUGAACUUGCAGAACAUCUCCUCGUCCUACUGCGAUCGCGACGUGAUCAAUCUGGAGCCCACACGCGAUGAUGUGGUCAGCUGUGUCUCCAAGGGCAAGAGUCAGGUUUUCGAUUGCAAAAAUCACGUGCGCGUCAUACAGUCGAUGGAGCAGGGCGAUAGGCUCUAUGUGUGCGGCACCAACGCCCACAAUCCCAAGGAUUACGUUAUCUAUUCAAAUUUAACUCAUUUGCCGCGCUCGGAGUAUGUGAUUGGCGUGGGCCUUGGCAUUGCCAAGUGUCCCUACGAUCCGUUGGACAACUCAACGGCCAUUUAUGUGGAGAACGGCAAUCCUGGCGGUCUGCCGGGUCUGUACUCGGGCACCAACGCGGAGUUCACCAAAGCGGACACCGUCAUCUUCCGCACAGACCUGUACAACACAUCGGCCAAGCGAUUGGAGUACAAGUUUAAGAGGACCUUGAAGUACGAUUCCAAAUGGCUGGACAAACCCAAUUUUGUGGGAUCCUUUGACAUUGGCGACUACGUGUACUUCUUUUUCCGGGAAACGGCCGUGGAGUACAUCAACUGUGGCAAGGCCGUGUACUCGCGCAUCGCCCGUGUCUGCAAGAAGGAUGUCGGCGGCAAGAAUCUGCUGGCCCACAACUGGGCCACGUAUCUGAAGGCGCGCCUCAACUGCAGCAUCUCCGGGGAGUUCCCCUUCUACUUCAACGAGAUCCAGUCGGUGUACCAGCUGCCGUCGGACAAGACCCGCUUCUACGCCACCUUCACGACCAGCACCAAUGGCCUGAUUGGAUCGGCCGUCUGCAGUUUUCACAUUAACGAGAUUCAAGCUGCCUUCAACGGUAAAUUCAAGGAGCAAUCCUCAUCGAAUUCCGCAUGGCUGCCGGUCCUCAAUUCACGUGUCCCCGAGCCCAGGCCCGGUACCUGCGUCAACGAUACAUCAAAUCUGCCAGACACUGUACUGAAUUUCAUCAGAUCCCACCCGCUCAUGGACAAGGCCGUAAAUCACGAGCACAACAAUCCUGUCUAUUAUAAAAGGGAUUUGGUCUUCACCAAGCUCGUCGUCGACAAAAUCAAAAUCGAUAUACUCAACCAGGAAUACAUUGUGUACUAUGUGGGCACCAAUCUGGGUCGCAUUUACAAAAUCGUGCAGUACUACCGGAACGGGGAGUCGCUCUCGAAGCUGCUGGACAUUUUUGAGGUGGCCCCCAACGAGGCCAUUCAGGUGAUGGAAAUCAGCCAGACACGUAAGAGCCUCUACAUCGGCACCGAUCACCGCAUCAAGCAAAUCGAUUUGGCCAUGUGCAAUCGUCGUUACGACAAUUGCUUCCGGUGUGUCCGUGAUCCGUACUGCGGCUGGGACAAGGAGGCCAAUACGUGCCGUCCCUACGAGCUGGAUCUGUUGCAGGACGUGGCCAAUGAGACGAGCGACAUUUGCGACUCGAGUGUCCUAAAGAAGAAGAUUGUGGUGACCUACGGCCAGAGCGUGCAUCUGGGAUGCUUUGUCAAAAUCCCCGAGGUACUGAAGAACGAGCAGGUGACCUGGUACCAUCACUCCAAGGAUAAGGGACGCUAUGAGAUCCAUUAUUCGCCCACAAAGUACAUCGAGACGACGGAACGGGGACUGGUUGUGGUGUCCGUGAACGAGGCCGAUGGCGGCCGCUACGACUGCCAUUUGGGUGGCUCCCUGCUGUGCAGCUACAACAUCACCGUGGAUGCCCACAGAUGCACUCCGCCGAACAAGAGCAAUGACUAUCAGAAAAUCUACUCGGAUUGGUGCCAUGAGUUCGAAAAGUACAAGACGGCCAUGAAGUCCUGGGAAAAGAAGCAAGCGCAAUGCUCGACGCGCCAGAACUUUAGCAGCAACCAGUAUCCGAAUGAGAUCUUCCGCAAGCCCAAUGUCUGAUAUCGUGAGGAGAGUUUCAUUCUCAAUAUGCCGCCAUCGAGCACAUCGUCCAAACAGUUUUAGUAAAUCGAAUGCCGCCGCAGCCGGAGAGGAUUAAAUUAUGCCACGCACACACGCACACGCAACGCACUUACAACACAAGGACCUUCGUCGUAUCAUCAACAUCAUCAUAGACAUAUUCUCUUCAGAAAUGAAUACAAACAUGAAAAACACUUCCUAAUAAAUUAUGCAUUUACAAAGGCAUUUACAAUGCAUUCGACUUAGACUUAGACUAUAGAGGGUAUUACUCGUAUCAACUUCCAUUGAGUGCAUUUUGUCAGCAAAACCCACAAACCACACACCGCAUUUAAUAUAAAGUAUACAUAAAACAUACAAAAAAUACACAAAUACAGCCCAUAGUUAGCUACAAACAAUUGCCGCGCAUACGCACAAAACGGAGCAUUGAGCAUUGAGCAUUUUUAAGCAUUACUCGUACUCGUACUCGUACUCGUAUAACCAUAAUCGAUCGACUUAGUGCAGGUACUGAAUUUUCAAACGCAUGUGGAAAGCAACCUCUAAUGUAAUCGAAGAAGCAAUGUGAUGUUAAGUUUUGAUAAAUUUAUGAGCUGCCUAAUUGCAUAAUCACAAUAAUAGCAAUCGAAAAUAAACAAUAUUUAAACUUAAAAGUUGUAAACACGCCGAAUCGAAAGUUAUAGGAAAUAUCUCUACUUAAGCCUCGAAACCACAAGCAAUACUUCGCCUAAUGCGCAUCAGAA